CUCUAUCAACGACAUACAGCCCUAGAUUCGCAACUAACUUCACGUUCUUUCUAUUCCCUCUCCAAAAGUUGACACAAGAAAAUGUCUAAGAGAGGACGUGGUGGUUCUGCGGGAGCCAAGUUCCGCAUCUCCCUGGGUCUCCCAGUGGGGGCUGUUAUCAACUGCGCAGACAAUACAGGAGCAAAGAAUCUGUAUGUGAUCGCCGUGCAAGGUAUCAAGGGUCGUCUGAACAGACUGCCGGCUGCUGGUUCCGGUGACAUGAUUGUCGCUACCGUCAAGAAGGGUAAACCAGAACUCAGGAAAAAGGUAAUGCCUGCAGUGGUGAUCAGGCAGCGGAAACCAUUCAGAAGGAGGGAUGGUGUAUUCAUAUACUUUGAGGACAAUGCGGGCGUCAUAGUUAACAACAAGGGCGAGAUGAAGGGAUCAGCCAUCACGGGGCCCGUCGCUAAGGAGUGCGCAGACCUCUGGCCGCGUAUCGCUUCCAACGCGAGUUCCAUAGCUUGAAUAAAACCCUAACUUAA